AUGGGUUUGGAAGCAGUACCUUGUGUAUUGCGUAGUGCUGCCAGUGAUGGAAACAAUUCGUCAUAUUGUACAAUUGGCUUCUUAAUCCGUCAGUCCACAUCAACCAAUAACACUGCUGUUCAAGCAGUCACGAGCACAACAGUGAAUAGUACAACAUCAAUAGCAGUGGCAUCUGGUAGUGCUCCGAAAUCUCUGCACGUUGUACCUGCAACUAUUCCGAAGCAGUCAGCUAGCCUUGGAACAAGUACACCAAAGUUUGUAGUUCCAAGUGUCCUACGAAUACAGCCUGCACCAUGUGCUUCAACGCAUGUGACAUCUCAACCUACUCAACCAAUAGUACAUCAUCCAGCACCUCCACAACCACCACCAAUACAUCAUCACAUUCCACCGCCACAGCAGCAGCACUGUAAUACCGAUAGUUGGUUACAUUCUGCAUCACAGUCAAAUGUUAAUAAUGCUUCAUUUGAAUCACCCUCACCUCAGGUUGUACCACAAAUGAACGUUAAUGAAUCAUAUGAUUGUCAAAUGCCGUGCACUAGUACAACUAAUUUUUUCCCACCUAUUUCGUCUAUAACGCAGAGCUUUUCAUCAGGCAAAUCCGAUAUUGAUUUGCUUCAGGAAAUGACACAUCAUAUUGAUUUGAAUCCUCCAGUGUUGCAGCGACAGCAGCGGUUACAUGUAACUGAUAAAAAUGAAAUGCGAUUGAUAAAUCAUAACCAUUAUGCUCAACAGCACAAUAGUAGUAGUAAUACUCCACCUCCUCCACCUCAGCAUAAUUAUCACAAUUGUCCUACCAUGUUACAUAUCAGUCCUUCUACUUGCUCUUCAUUGCAAACUAAUUAUCAAACUCAUGUACAGAUAGACACCAAUAGCAGGAUGCAAUCUUGUCAUUACGAAAGCAGUUAUAACGUUGGAACUGAUUGCUCAUCUACAGUGGAUAAUGGAAUUCAGAGUAUCGCUGAUUCUCCACCGGCUGAUCCAUUCACUCCUGCUGUCCCCUCUCCUUCACCAUACAUUUCUCCUCCAUCUAUCAUGCCAAUCACUAACAGAAAUAAAGAACCGCAACUGACAACUAAUAUGACGAACUGUUAUGAUGAUUUUUCUGACAUGCCACGUUUAAUACCAUUCCAUCAAAUGGAAACUGAGGUAGCUCCAAGUUUUACUGAUGAAACAAUAUUGACAACAGAAACGGCAUCGAACAAUGAAAUUGUAGUGGGAAAGAUGAAUACUACUAAAACUAAUGCGUCAUUAGAUGCAGAAAAAGAUGAAAAUCGCGAGCAUAAAACUAAAAUUUCGACAAAUUGUCGAAAAAAAGUCAUGGAAUCAGAUGACAAUAUUCCAAAAAUAGCAAUUACACCAGCAAUGAAUGUUACAGAUUUAGUGGAGCAGUUAAUGUCCCAUAUGGAUCCGGAACAGCGUAAGCAGUUUGCUACUGCUAUUCAAUCAAAAGUUGCUGUUGAGGAUUCCAAUUUUGUUAAUGAUGCUAAUCCUGCUGUUUGUGAUUCCUUAACAACCACUACCAAUACCUUAACAUCUAAAGUUCCCGGUAGUGCGACUGAAAUGCUGAUUGCUACUUCAGCAAGUAAUAAUAACUCUGGCAGUAACGAGAAUGACGGCGCUAUAGAGAAACCUCCUGAGUCGUUACUACAGAAAUGUAAUAAUGAAAUUGAAAUGCUUUCUCAAGAUAGGCAGUCAUGCAGUAAUCAGCCAUCAAGUGAUCAAAUCACUGAAGAAGCAGCUAAACUAAUAAGUCAAGUUGGAAAGAAAAGGCUAGACUCUCGUAAGCGAAAAAUGGGUAGAUGUGCUGAUUUAUCUGAUAAGCUGUACCAGCAGGCAAAAAGGCGGAAAUCUGAAACUUUUAUUGGUGAAAGGAAAGAUAGUCUUCAGCUUGAAUCGUGGUGUGACUUGGAAUUUACUUUGCAAAAUGAUUAUGGAGUGUGUGGUGAAGGAAAAAAGCAAGAAGAACGGGUAGAAUAUAUAUUUGGAAGAGAAAGUAAAAAAUUUGAAGAAACAGAAGUAGUUGGUGGACGAGAGUUUGUUGAGAAUAAAGAAGUUUUUCGGAAAAUUAGGGGCGAAAGUCUUAAUUGUUCAUCUAAAGGUACGGAUGAAUAUACAAUGAAUCAGAUUAACGAAUUCCAUGCGAAUAUGAAGCGCAAAGUUAAUCAGCAACUGAAACUUGUCAUGGAACAAAUUGACCAACAGUUUGCUAAACUGGAGUUGAAUUUAGGUGAUCAGAUGCACUGGGAUUUACCCUGGUACUGUUUGGAUUGGAAGCAACUUACAAGAAGACUUGUUGAAAAAAAACGACUGGAGAAAUCACGGCAUAAAAGUUCAUUAAAAAUGCUUAAAAUUGCUGCAGAUCGAAAGUCGUCGAAUUCAAGAAACGUUGAUUUAUUUGCUACGAAUGCUGCGCCAUCGUCUUCCAAAUUAUGUAAUAAAAACCACCGCUCACUCAGUGAUUAUAUCAAAUUGAAACAAAAUGUAGUUGUUGAUGCUUCUCCCAAAAUCGAACAAAUGCAGUGCUCAUGUUCUCAAGGAUGCUGUGGUGAAAAUGAUAAAUGUAUUAAUCGAGUAGUGCAGAUGGAAUGUAGUAGCAGCUGUCCACGAAAUACGUUGUGUACUAAUAAACGAUUGUUUCGUCGUGAAUGUGUUGAACGUUUGCGAACGUUUCAAACGCUAAAUGGAUGUGGUAUUGGAGUUAAAACAGAUGUUAAUAUUGAGAAAGGACAAUUCAUCUGUGAAUACAUGGGUGAGGUCGUCUCAAUAGAAACAUUCAAUAUACGAACUCGUACUGAUUAUCGUUAUCAACAAAAUCAUUACGCUCUAAAUCUUUGUCCAGGUUUUGUUAUUGACGCAUAUCGUAAAGGAAACAUUGCUCGAUUCAUCAAUCACUCUUGCUCACCAAAUUGUGAAAUGCAACGAUGGUCAGUUAACGGUCAUUAUCGAAUUGGAUUAUUCGCUUUACGCGAAAUUUUCGAAGGAGAAGAGCUUACAUAUGAUUAUAACUGGGAUGCAUUUGAAUUUGACGAUGUAACCAUUUGUUGUUGUGGUGCACCAAAUUGUCGUCUUUUUCUCAACAAAAAUGUAAUCAUGAAUACUCGAGAAAAAGAGAUGGCACGUAACACGCAUUUACUUUUGCUGCGAAAUUUACGAAAAUCAGUAGCAUGCAAACUUAGAAAGUGUAAGAGAGUAAGAAAUUAUGUAGAAUGCCGACCAAGAAACCAGAGUACAAAGACUUCACAAUCUGUUAUGUUGGCAGAAAGCGGUGCUAUGCAUUUGACGCAACUCUGUCAAGAAAUUGUUUCAAAACUGAAUGAUUCGAAAGUGAUUUCUACGAAGGAAAUUAAGAAAUUUGCAAAAUUUGUUGCGGAGCUCUGUGAAUGGCAUGGUACUGCUAUUCAAACAGUAUCAGAAGUCUUGGAGUCUAUUGAAAUGAAAGUAAAUACUUUAAUCGAAAAAUCUAGUAAACCUUUGGAUCGAAGGAAAUUAGAUAUGUGGCGUUCAAGUUAUGCUUCAAUAAAAUCAAAGUAUUUACGACAAACAAAAAAAAUCAGCAGAGCAGAUCAUCAGCUGCAGAGACAAAAGAAAUGUAAAUCUGGCCCUCAUCGGACACUGACAGCUGUAAUUGACUACAAAUACCUUGAUUCUCAUAUCUCAGUGGGCUCCUAUGAUCAUGACAGCCUAUCAUAUCUUGGUAUUGCGGAUGCGAAUACCGAUUGUGUACGAUGUAUAUGCGGAAUAACCGAUGAUGAUGGAUCAAUGAUACAGUGUGAGGAAUGCAAUUUUUGGCUUCAUGAAGAGUGUGUUUUCGAUGACAAACCUUCAAAAGAAGUGAAAGACUUCAUUUGUACUGCUUGUGUUUGGAGUGCCAAACGUACGCUAGCAAUAUCUAUCCCAUUACGUACUCAACCUGAUUAUAAUUUUAAAGAUUGUACUUAUUAUCGAACAUUAGUAAACUCGCGACAUUUACAAGUGCGCCUUAGUGAAGCGGUUUAUGUUCAAAAGCUUGAAAAUGAUAAUCACAAACUGAUUUUGCGUCGGUUGGUGGAAUGCACAAAAGAAAACGCUGUAAGGAAAAGAGUGGUUCCAGUUGUCCGAGAAAAGGAACAAACGGAUCAGGAGUUUUAUCCUGUCUCGUUUCAUCGUAAAGAUGUUCAGUGUUUUCGGGUCGAACGUCUUUUCUCAUUUGAAGGCCAUAAAUUUGUUUUUGGUUUUUAUUAUGCCCGUCCUCAUGAAGUCUAUUGUGAACCUGGGAAAUUAUUUCACGAAAAAGAGCUUUUUGCGACAAACAUGUAUGAUACAUUACCGCUUGAUGCUGUCGUUGGACGUUGUCUUGCGCUGGAACCUAGUAUAUAUUCUCUAGGAAGACCGAAAUUGCCUCAUUAUGAAGAAAUGGAUGUGUACUUUGUGGAAUAUCAGAUGGGGAAGAAUUCAAAAUUUGAAAAAAUUCCUGCAAAAAAUCAGUAUUGCAUCAACACGGAUCCUCUUAAUUUUUCGUUGUUCGAGAAAGAAUUGAUAAUUCCCAAAACAUUCACGCCAUUUACAAUAGAAAAAGGAAAAAAAUAUCCUUAUCGUCUUAAUGUUGUGGAGCCUAAAAAUUCUUCAUGUGAUAAAAACCAACGACAUCGAGUGGCAAAUUUGGAAAAAGUCGUACAGAAUUUGCGAGUAUUAAAUAUUAGAAAUUCGGUGGUAAAAGCUAAAGAAAGCUCCAUAUCUAAUAAGUUAUCCAAACAGAAACGUUCACGUCUUUCAUAA